AUGGGGUACAGAGUGGUGGCGAGUCUUGUGGGGGGUUUGUUCCUGGCGAAUUCCAUUGGCAGUGUUUCGGCAACUGAAUGGUGUCGGGCUGCUCCAGAAGAUGGCAGGCCCGAGUACGGAGUGUGUCUAGCAGCCGGAGAAGGCUCUGCUCGGUAUAUUAUCGAGAUCGUUCCUGUCGUUGGUCCCGGAAUCGAUUUGCAAAGCAACGUGAAGCUCACUGUGGCAGGAAGCGACGGAAGUGAAACCAAACCGAUUCCCAUAGCAUCGGAAGCUUUUGGCACAGAGAAACGAGUGACUGUUGACCGGAUUGAUGUUGGCGACCCUGAGUCUGUCGGCGUCUUCAUUACUGGAAACUCCGCCUGGAAGUGUAAACGCAUUACAGUGUGGAAAGACUUCCGCUACUGGUUAUUCGACUGCACUGGAGUCUUGGACCCGGAACAUCGGGACGCUAUAUUCACAAUGUCAGGCAAUAAAAUGUACCAAGCGAUCAUGCAGACAGGGAACGACGAGCACGCUGGCACCUCCGGAGGCAUAGAACUUACAUUAAUUGGGAGUGAACGUCAAUCAUCUCCGAAGCUACUCGUCCAGGAUGUUCGCCCCGGGGCUGAAAGAAGGAUUCGAUUCAGAGCAGCCGACGUUGGCGACGUAACGGCGCUCGUUCUUCGGAACACAGCGGACACCGAUCCGUGGUACUGCGAGUUCGUCCGUAUCAAGACUGACGAUGGCAGGGUGUUCGCAUUUAAUGUCAAGAGAUGGAUUGGCACCCCUUACGAAUCUGCGAUAAGAGUGUCUCUCAAACCCUCGGGGGAUACUGACACUCCUGCUCAAGACGUCGAGUGCCACACGAGAGCUCUCGAACUAUACAGCCGCAUUCCUGAAAACAUCGGGAUCUUCAAAGUUCGCUGUCCGAUGAACUGCCAAGCAUCAACCUUCGCCAGUGUCGACGGCUCUUCGAUUCAUCCGAUGGCGAGUUCUAUUUGUGCCGCGGCCAUUCACGACGGUGUCCUCUCCCCUUCCGGUGGAGAAGUCGUUGUUUCGGUCGUUGGCGAGCUGCCAGAGUAUACUGGGAGUACUCUAAACCCAACAGGCACAGUUUCCACGAGUUUUAGAUCCUCGCCAGAUAUCCCUAGUGCAAGCUUCUUUGUCUAUCGAACCGAUUCCAUUGACGAGGUGGACAAGGAUGUUCGAGUAGUCGAUGCUUAUGGAAAGCUAUCUUCCACCGGGCGCCUGGAAAUCCGACGCAACGGCGUUUGGGGUUCAGUGUGCAAGCAGGGUGAUUUUACAGUUUUCACGAUUGACUCAGCUCGGAAAGCAUGCCACGAGCUCGGGUACCUUCACGGCAUGUACCUAGAGGACGGCUGCGAUUCUGUGGAGGGCCAGUACGUGUGUGCUGGCGCCAAGUAUCCUGUUUCUGUCGCUGGUGUCAUGUGUAUGGGACCUGAGAAAAGCCUGGCUGACUGCACGUUUGAAGAGCCGCCUGCGCGUUGCGCCGACCACUCUAUGGAUGUAGCCGUCAGAUGCACUAAUACUCCUCCGGCAGAGCCCCCGCUGGGAAGUCUCCGCAUUGUCGACGAAAGUGGGGCUCCAGCUACAAAUGGAGUGGGCAGACUACAAUUCUACAACGAAGGGUGGGGAAGCGUGUGCAGUGAUGGAUGGACAAGAGAAUCUGAGAAAGUUGCCUGCCUUCAGAUGGGCUACACCGGCAUCAAGCACGGUGGAUACUCUGAUGACGGAUGUGACGAUGUCAACGGAGUCAACUUGUGUGGACCUGACACGGAAAAGAUUACUGCUUUCGGUGUAGCCUGCGGAGGCGAGGAAACAAGUUUGAGACACUGCCCCCAUGAGAUAUCAAGCGACAUUUACUGCGUUCAUGAGGAGGAUAUCAUUGUCGGCUGCCGCGGUGACGGAGAUCCUUCAGGAAUGGGCCUGUUCAGGACCGAGGAUAUUCCGGCUUUGUCGAAACGGAGCUUGCCACCGAAGAUCGAACUCAACUGUGGCGACCGCCCUCUAUCGCAGAAGCAGAUGGGUGGGCAAGCUGGAGCGAUGUUUGUAGCCACGUGUCCUGAGGGCUGCAGCGAAGAGCCGGGCUCUUUGAAGGGAACUUACAUCUAUACAGAUGACUCACCAAUUUGCAAAGCGGCCAUCCACGUCGGAGUUGUAGGACCCCUAGGCGGCAACAUUGUUGUUGUGCUGGGAGAGGGACAGGAUUCUUUCAUGGAAUCAGAGCGCAACGGCGUCAAAAGCGAGUCCUUUGGGCGAUACGAUCGCACAUUUAUGGUGUCCAUUCCCAUCAACUCUGUGAAAGCCCGGACAGCCAAGAAAUACGUUGAUGGGGCUACGUACGCUGGAAGAUCGGCAAUCCCUGGUGGAGGAAAGUUUCCGGCGUUCAGAGAAUCUGACACAGUCACCCUCGUAGACGUCUUGCCCGAGAGGUUCCGUUGGUUUGCUCCGGAGGACUUCACUGGCUUCCGAGGUCGACCGGAGGAUUACGUGGACACGGAGAAACUGCCUGGUGCGAAAGCGCUAACAGGUUUUUCAGACUUUACCUUUGCUCUACAGAUGGCUGUUACCGGAGGGAAAAGGAAAUGGAGGUCCAUACUAACCCAAAGUGGUUGUGAAGGCUUCACUUUCGCAAUCGACGAUAAGGAUGAGCUCGUCUUCGAACAAAAUUGUCACCCCAAAUUCAUAAGCACUGGGAUAAAGCCAGCCAUAGGAGAACCACUACAUAUUGCUGUCUCAUAUUAUUCGCCUGAAAAAGUUGUCAACAUCUACGUGAAUGGGCGACAGGUUGUUUCGGAGAAGACUGAUUUCGAUUUCAACUUGAAGAGCAAAUUAAUAAUCGGACGUGCUGCGGAUUCCGAGUCUGAGUAUUUUAUUGGCCACAUAACCGCGCUAAAAGUUUUCUCUUACGCGCUUUCUCCGGAGCAAGUACGGCGCGUAGCAGCUGAGGCAGGUUCUGGACUCGGCGCUGGCGGUCCUGUCCCCCGCGGAGAACGACGUACAGAUGAUGGGCGCGUCUGCUUGUCGCCAUGCUCCUCAGAGGAGCCUCUUCUCAACGAAAUACCGAAGUCAUCACUUCCAACAAAUCCAGCUAUUCAGCUGACUUGCGAAGACACUCUAAGACGCGAAGAGUUCAACGGAAUAACGGAGCAGCGCUUCCUUGUUUCAUGCCCAUCUGAUUGCACAUCGAAGGUUGCACAAGUUUACGGAUCCAAGGUCUACUCAGAAGCGAGCUCCUUAUGCAAGGCUGCCCUCCACAGUGGAGCAUUGGCCACACAGGGAGGAGAAGUCAUCAUCGUGACACACAGCGGUCUUAAGUCGUAUUCUGGUUCGACCGGGAAAAAUGGGGUCAGUAGCGUGGGAGAAGACGAGCCGCAGCUCCGAUCCUUUUCCGUCCUGAAAGCGCCGAAUUUUAGAAAAUUGACUUGUAGAGAUGAUGGAGCAUUUGCCCUGAAAAUGAAUCCCGGAGACAAGGAACUUGUAAUCUGUCCUCCUGGUUGCCUUGCCGCAAGCGAAGGAACAGUCUACGGAACAAAAGUGUACAGCCCGAUUUCGUCUGUCUGCAGAGCUGCAAUACAUUCUGGGCAUCUAACGAAUGAGGGUGGUGAAGUAGAAUUGCAGGCGACUGGGCAGCAUGAGGAAUUUAAAGGGAGUGACAAGAAUGGAAUCCAGUCUGUAAAUAGCGGCUGGUACUUGAGAGCUAUCACUUUUGUGCGGGGAGCGCCAGUAAAGCCGCAGCAAGAAGAGCUGCGGUGACGUCAUGAUCUCCGAAUGCUAGUGUUGGGACCGUGACAGCCUGGUUUAUUUGUUGUGGCCUGUUUUGUAUCCUUCGUCCUAGAAACGAAAGGGUCGCUUCAACCUGUUUGAGGUUUUGAGUAACAUGACUGCCUCACACGUUAACACACAAGGUGACUGCUAACUCCGAUGGGAC